AUGACGUUCAAAUCGGGCGCAGCGUUCCUUUCUAUUUUAACCCUCCUCAGCUUCCUUAUACGAUCCAUUUCCUGCAACAUGGAAAGAAGCCUUUUCAAGAAACUUCUCAAAAUGAGGUAUAAAGAUGACAACCACGAGGUUGCGCGUAAACCAAUUUAUAUCAAAGGGCGGCAAGAAGAGCAGAAAGCCACACUGGAUGAUUAUACACAAAAUAACAGUGAGUUUUACAACGAAUUGAGAAGCGAUUUAAGGGAAAAUUUAAAAAACCUAUUCAAAUAUGAAAGUACAAAAAAUGAACGCAGGGAUUCUGCAACUCAACAGAAGGAAGAAGAAAAAUUGAAGGAUAAAAGAAUGCUCAGGGGUCCGUUAAGAAUGCGUCCAAAGUACGAUUUAAAAAGCCUGUUAAGAAGGGAAAAAAAAAGGACAGAAACAAGGCUAUUCAAAUAUCCACAAAAACUCAGCUAUGAAGAGCUAGAAAUGGAGGACAUAAUAAAACCAGGAAAAAACGAUUAUAAAAUUGUUGAAGGGGGGCGCAUACACCAACCACUAGAAAAUAGCCACGAAACUGUCGAAAUAGGGCAGAUAGCUGAACCGGACGAAGAAGACUACGAAAUUGUUGAAAUAGGGCAGAUAGCUGAACCGGACGAAGAAGACUACGAAAUUGUUGAAAUAGGACAAAUAGAGGAACCGGAAGAAGAAAAGGGAAAAGAAAAAAAGGCUGAAAAAGAAACAGAAAAAAAGGCAGAAAAGGAAACAGAAAAAAAGGCAGAAAAGGAAACAGAAAAAAAGGCAGAAAAAGAAACAGCAAAAGAAACAGAAAAAGAGGCGGAAAAGGCCGAUACUCCCUCUCAGCUACUAAAUCCCUUCAACUUCGAGGAUAUAAUCACAAAGGAAUGGAAAGAGUUAGACGACAUAGACAAUAGGUCCUGGUCAGAUAUAACAAACAGCUGCCAAAUUGCAUUAUCGUACGGAUUAGAUUCCAACCCUAACAGGUAUAGCAAGAUGGAGAUGUGGAGAAACAAACAUAAAACAUUUUCUUUUAUGCGCUAUGCUAAAAAUAGAACAGAUAGACGAAACCUGGACGAUUUCAUGAGCCGUCUUAGAAAACUAAAGGGGGGUAAGAGAUAUGAAGAAUCGUGGAAAGAAGAAAGUGAAAAGUGGGAAGUUAUAAAAUAUCUUAAAAAAAAAAGUGACGAAAAUUGGUAUAAAAAUCUAAAGCAAUCAUGGGUACACUGGUUCCGUAGAGAAAUACCUGAAGCCAAUUUUGAUAUGUUUAUAUAA